GGAGCGGGGGACGUACACAUGGACCUGCCUCCUCAAGAAGACAUGCAGUGUUUGCCCUCAGUCCUCAGUGUGCUCUCAGCCCGGGAGGACCGCGGUCUGUCAGGAUGGAGGACAUCUGCUGUGAACACCCUGCACCAGCUGCUCCACUGACGGUCCGGACUUUGCGAGUUCUGCGCGUCUUUUGACGAAAACCACACAAGUCGGAGGGAUGACAGACAGACAGGCUGUGUGCAGUGACAAAACCUCCGUGUGGUUUUAUGAACAUCUAGUUUUUAAGCUUUAAAAGUCAAACAGCAGCUGCUCGAGAGAUGUGCUCGGUUUCCACGUGCAUUCACAGACAGUGUUAUCGCCUCUGAUUUUUCUCCGCAAACCGCGAAGCUGUCAGUGGACCGUGUGGUUGGAGAAAAGACUUGAACGCGAUGCGAACCCGAUUUCCAAGUGUUGCUGUUCCCCCUGAACAUGUGCAACACGCCGCCGCCCGCACGCGCCGUCCCGCCGACCGACAGUAACCGCUCCCGUGGCUCUAAAUCAGGCUGAAACAUGUUUAUCUUGUGGGUCCCGGUGAGUUUAUUCCUCAGCUUCAUCAUUUCUCAGACGUGGAGCGUUCAGAUGUCGUGGGAAAACUGGAACGCCGAGCUGCGCAACCGGGGGAACGAAUUUGACAAACCCAGCACCCAGCCUCACAUCAUUUUUAUCCUGGUGGAUGAUCAAGGCUUCAGGGAUGUUGGGUACCACGGCUCCGAGAUCAAAACCCCGACACUGGACCGGCUGGCAGCGCAGGGAGUCAAAUUGGAGAAUUACUACGUGCAACCGCUCUGCAGCCCCUCCAGGAGCCAACUCAUGACCGGCAGGUAUCAGAUCCACACAGGCCUGCAGCACUCCAUAAUUCGAGCUACCCAGCCCAACUGUCUGCCCCUGGAAAAUGUCACCCUGCCCCAGAAGCUCAGGCAAGCAGGAUACUCCACCCACAUGGUGGGCAAAUGGCACCUGGGCUUCUACAAGCGUGGCUGUCUGCCCACCCAGCGUGGCUUUGACACUUUCUUCGGCUCCCUGCUAGGAAGCGGGGACUACUACAGUCACUAUAAAUGUGAAGGACCCGGUAUGUGUGGUUAUGAUUUGUAUGAAGGGGAGGAGGCAGCUUGGGAACAGGACCGCGGCAUGUACUCUACUGUGAUGUUCACUCGUAAGGCAAUCAGUAUUUUAGCCAAUCACAACCCUCACAGACAGCCUUUGUUUCUCUAUUUAGCCUAUCAGGCUGUUCACUCCCCACUGCAGGUUCCUGCCCGCUACCUCGAGCGCUACAAGGGCAUUCCAAACUUGCAUCGUCGUAAAUAUGCCGCAAUGGUGUCCUGCCUAGAUGAAGCCAUCCACAACCUCACAAUUGCGCUAAAGCGCUACGGUUAUUAUGACAACUCAGUUAUAGUGUACUCCUCAGAUAAUGGGGGUCAGCCAUUAGCUGGUGGAAGCAACUGGCCCCUCAGAGGAAGUAAGGCCACCUACUGGGAGGGUGGCAUCAGGGCGGUGGGCUUCGUUCACAGUCCCCUGUUGGUGAACAAAGGGACAAAAUGUCGAUCUUUGGUUCACAUCACUGACUGGUUCCCCACACUGGUGACCCUGGGUGAAGGGACCUUAGACGAAGAUCUAAAUCUGGAUGGGUACGAUGUCUGGGAGGCCAUCAGUGAAGGCCGCCCGUCGCCUCGACAGGACAUUCUUCAUAACAUUGACCCAAUCUAUAUCAAAGCCAAGAAUGGUUCAUGGAAAGCCGGGUAUGGCUUAUGGAACACAGCCAUCCAGGCUGCACUCCGGGUGGGCCACUGGAAGCUCCUGACAGGUGUUCCUGGCUACAGUGACUGGGUGCCCCCACAAACCUUCUCCAACCAGCGGCUAACCAAUCGCUGGCAUAAUGAGCGCGUCCGUUGGGACAGGGGUAAAUCCAUUUGGCUUUUCAACAUAACUGCCGACCCUUACGAGAGAGUGGACUUGUCUCAGCGCUACCCACAUAUAGUGAAGAAGAUGCUAAUGCGGCUAGCACAGUACAACAAGACUGCAGUACCUGUACGCUACCCAGCCAAAGACCUGCGUUCUAACCCUCAGUACAACGGGGGCGUAUGGGGACCCUGGUACAAAGAUGAGAGGGAGGAGCAGGAGGAGGAAGAGAGAUACAAUAAUUUGUUCACCAACCAUCUUGGAAAAAGAAGGUGGAAAAAGAAAUCAAAGAACAGAAAGCUGAAAAGGAAGGUAGAAGAAUAGCUUACCCCUUUUGUGAAAGACUUCAGUUGCCUUUUCUCAGGGAUUGAUACUUCCUGUUUCAGGAUUGUCCUAAUCAGACUCUGUAACUCCAGUUAGUUCUAACUUGACUCCACUUUAUACUGUAUGAAAAACAAUGCGGAUGAACUUUUGCAAUGCCUCAAUAGAAUAAGGAGAAGAUCCACUUGUUCAAACACUACUGUCAUGCCCAGACACAGCUAAGACCUCAUGUUAAUGUUAGGGGCAUUUAAAGAAUGUUUAUUUUUCUAGAUUGUGUUGCAUGCUUGAACUGUUGUCACCUUUGGAUUGUUCUGUAGAUUCAUGUUUCACUUAGAAUAGAAAAUCAAUUUUCCUAGACAGUUGCCAUACAUUUUGGUGACAGAGAAAUAAAGUAAGACAUAGUUCUAUUAUGUUGUUGAUUGCAGCGAUACAGUGUCGUGGAAACAGAUGUAGGAUUUGUGUGAUGUGUGACUUGAUGUACAUUGGUUUUAUAAGCACAGUCUGUCUGAACCUAAGAAUAACAGAUUUUGUUCCCUCUUUAAGAUGAUGUCUGGUCCGGCACCAGGCCAACCUGAAUGUAAGACAAACUAACAAAAUAAAAGCCCCAGACACAAA